AUGGAUUUAGACGUACUAAUAGUUGGAGCCGGACCGGUAGGUCUGAUAAUGGCCAGCGAACUUGGUCGAUAUGGCCUGAACUUUCGAAUUGUGGAGCAAAAUCACGACGUUAAUAAGCUGAGCAAAGCUAUUGGCAUUUCGGCUAGAAGCAUGGAUAUUCUCGCAAGUCGUGGUCUUGCUGAUGAACUGCUACAAAGAUCAAGCAAAAGCCACUCUAUAUGCUUGAAGGAGGGCACGAAUACUCUACUCUCGCUGUCUGCUGUCUCGCAGCCUGGAGACGACCACAAGACACGAUUCCCUUACACGAGUAUCCUCCCACAGUCUGCGAUUGAAGCUAUUUUAGCAGAAGGAAUUGAACGCCAAAUGGGUCGGCCUGUCAUAGAGCGAGGAAUAUCUCUCGACUCGUACAUUCAUACUCCUGAAGGUAUCACUGCCACCUUGAUAAAAACAAGCCGCAGUGGCAAGGAAGUCGCACGUGAAACAUGUAAAGCCAAAUACAUCGUUGGAUGUGAUGGUGUCCGUAGUAGAGUCAGACACGGCAUCAAAGGCUGGGACUUUGUUGGAAAGACUUUGCCUCAAACUCAGGGUAUGGGGGAUGUCGUACUCUCUCGAGGAAACGAAUAUGUUGAAGGCAUGUCGCUAUUCUUCCAUCCGAAGGGAUCCCUCUUUAUUGUCCGCUAUCCAAACUCGGAACGUGUCCGUAUCGGCUAUAAACUCGAUCGGGACUCGUUGGACAGGAAUGCAGAGGCUACCUCAAAUUGUGUAGGAGGACUCACCACUCAUCAAAAAGGAGCGAAUGGCGACGAAGAAUCAAUGAAAUUAAGUGGUUUUACCAUUGAUGAUUUACGAAAGGGUGUCGAAGAGAGAACGUAUGGCGCCUUGUCAAUUGAUACCAACAUUGAUGCCGAUACUUGGGUCACUACCUACAAAGUGAGCGAAAGAAUCGCAAAUGGUUACCGACGAGGGAAUGCCUUCCUGUGCGGCGAUUCCGCCCAUUGUCAUAGUCCUUUUGGUGGGAGAGGACUAAACACAGGAAUCCAAGACGCACAUAAUCUUGCAUUCAAAUUGAAUAUGGUUGUUAAAGGAUUGACCAAUUCAGCUGAAGCCGUUCUGGACACGUACAGUAUUGAGCGGUUUCCAGUAGCUCAACAAACUCUUGCAAUCACUAGUGGAAGGUUGCAAGCAGUAACCAAGGCUUUUGGAAAUAGCGUUAUUGGAAGGAUUUUGGUCUCGUUGUUUUUGAAAUAUGUAUUUCCAUUGAUUGCUUCUACCAACAAGUUUCAAGAAAAGGCUCGCCAUAUUAUGAGGCAAUUGGAUGUCAACUAUACUGCUACAAUACCCAAAAGUGUGCUCUUGCGGAAAGGAGAGCCAAGGAUUGAGGCUACUAAGGGUUCCCUGGCGAGAGUUGGUGAAUACUGCCCAGAUGCUCCUCUCAUGAACGAACGUCUUCCAUUGUCGCUAUCGUUGCGACAAACCACGUUACAUAGGUUGCUCAGCCAAACUAAUAAAUUCACUUUGGUGCUGCUGACCGGAACCGACAUGUCAGACCCAUCCAAAAACCCCAUAUUAUCCAACUUUUAUGGCGUAGUGUCAAAGUACUCCAGCACUGUCACUGGUCUGCAAAUCUCGAAGUUUGAACUGGUAUCAACACCUUCAAACGUCCCACAACAUAUAGUUCUCGCCUCUGAACUUGGGGCUGCUUGUAUGCCACUCUUUGGAGCAUCCACGAAACCCGUAUUGGUGUUCGUCAGGCCUGAUAUGUAUAUAGGAAUGAUGGCAUAUGCUGGAUCUAUGUCACAAAUGGAAAAGUAUCUUGCAGAUCUAUUUGGAUCUAGCAGUAAAUUGUAA